GGGUGCGGUGCGGUGCGGUGCGGUGCGGUGCGGUGCGGCCCCGCCGCUGCCGCCCCAGCGCGCAGGCGCUGCCGGGGCUCUGUCCGCCGCCGUGGCCCGGCGGGCUGCGGCGGGGAGCGGGGACCGGCGGCGGCGGCAGCAUGCGGCAGUCCCUGACUCAGCAGCGCCCGGGCGGCGUGGCCCUGCCCGACUCCGUGGGGUCGUUCAAUAGAAGAAAAAGAAAUUCCCUCUACGUAACUGUGACUCUGCUCAUUGUGUCAGUAUUAAUUCUAACGGUGGGCCUAGCUGCUACAACAAGAACCCAAAAUGUGACUGUUGGAGGUUAUUACCCAGGGGUUAUUCUUGGUUUUGGGUCGUUUCUUGGAAUAAUUGGAUCAAACUUGAUAGAAAACAAAAGGCAAAUGCUGGUUGCAUCGAUCGUCUUCAUCAGCUUUGGCGUCAUUGCUGCGUUCUGCUGUGCCAUAGUAGACGGUGUCUUUGCUGCCAGACACAUAGAUCUGAGGCCACUGUACGCGGGGCGAUGUCAGUACUACUCCAAGAGCACGACCCCACCUGAGGCAAUCUGUCACCCACAGCGCCGUGCACCCUGCACACCGAAAAUAAAGACCAACACCUGCUUCUGCUGUGACCUGUACAACUGUGGAAACAGAGUAGAGAUUUCUGGAGGCUACUAUGAAUACAUCGAUGUCAGCAGCUGCCAGGACAUCAUCCACCUUUACCACUUGCUUUGGUCAGCAACGAUUCUGAACAUAGUGGGGCUGUUCCUGGGGAUCAUUACAGCAGCGAUACUUGGAGGCUUUAAAGACAUGACUCCUUCCCUCCCUACUCUGAACUGUACGGUUGAAAACGCACACCCUUCGGUCUCCUACUACUCAAGGCCACAAGUGACAUCUUACAAUACCUACUACCACAGCACUCCUCACCUGCCCCCCUACUCGGCAUACGACUUUCAGGCUGUGCUUACCCUGAAUGCAACAAGUUAUUUGAAUACUUACUUGUACGUAGCAUUCCAGCAUGUUUCCAGCCUCCACUCCUUCUGGCCUCUCUGAUGACCCCCAGUCAGUGUCGCCGUCUCCCAGCUAUAUGUGGUCCUCUAAUGCGCCGCCUCGUUACUCACCACCGUAUUUUCCACCUUUUGAAAAGCCACCACCUUAUACACCGUAAUGAAUAUGGGAAAGAAGAAGAAAAAAAUAUUUGCCAUUGAAAUAAUUGUGAACAUUUUGUAUUUAUAUUUCACUGUGGGAGGGAGCUGGAGGAUAGAUACAGAAGAUAAUUGCAAAUACAAAUGUUAGGUUGGACUGUUCUUUCUUGCGAGACUUACUUCAGAGGUUUAACAACAGAUGUGAGGAAGGGGACAUACUGCUGAUGUUUUACAGUGCCAGUGAGUAGCAGGUGACCUAAAUUUCAGCCUUCUUGUUUUACCGCGAGGUUCAUGUAGUCCUUGUUUUUUAAUAAAGCGAUACAAUGCAGA